AUGAGCUCGAUGAUGAGCACGAUGAGCACGGAUGAAUACGUAACAAAAUCGGCGAUCCGAUUCCCGAUAAAGAUUCCCGCUCGUCAGCUACUCACUUCACUUGUUCGUUUGCUCACAUGGUUCUACGCUGCUUUGCCUUUCAUUCAUGUCGCCAUACAUACCCAACGCACAUCAUUGCCAUUACUUGCUGAUGACCCAGUUUCGUCGAAAUAUCGGCUGUCUGAGCUUGGAAGACACCCUACUGAAACACGCAUUCGUGAUUUAACAUCACGCUCGGUAUCGCUGAAUUCGGUCAAUGGAAAACUUGAUGUCCGUUCCGCUCAUAUCCGCGAUCCUAUAUUCAUUUCGUGGCUGGUCGACCUCGUGGACUUCGAAGGGCCAUCAGCGAGGAGAAAGUAUCUCUCUAACGCCUCCCAGGCACGCCUGUAG